AUGGCAACACAUGAUUUUACACCAGCCAAGUACCAAGCUCAGGUUGCAAUAUAUUGUGGCAGCAUUCCCAAACUAAAAUCCGGAUGCAAGUCAUCUAGAGGAGGAAGCAUUGAUUCCACUUUGCAGCUCCAUGGAAAUGGAUGGAUGGCAGCAGAUGAGGCAUCUCUUCAUUCAGUUUUAAAAAAACAGUCAUGUUUGUGGGGAAGCAAAGGAGAACCUCCAGAUGUUUCCUCUCUGGAGAGCUGGGGCAAUAGAAAUGGCCUUCAGAAGAAUACAGAUAGCAGAGUCAUGGAUGACUCUUCACAGAUACCUAGAGCCCAGCCAAAGUACAGUCUUAGUGAGUUGGAGGUGAACAGUGCAGCCAUGGAGACUGCUCAGAUCAAGGACAAGCUCAAAAAAAGAAGAAUGUCCGAAGGCCUACUGGCAUCAAAAAAAGGUUUGCUGGACUCUGCUGCUCCCAAGGGACUUGCCCUGAAACCAGCCAUUUCCAGAUCUGCUUCUCAAAGACUGCUGGUCACUUCCAAGCCCAUGCCUCCUAUUCAGAGCAUACCAACCACCCCAGAGACCAAGAGAGCUCAGGAAAGAGAGCAACAAGUUAGGGAGAAUGGUUCAGACUUUUUACAGGCUGAAGGGGUUAAUCCAGAAUUGACAACUUCUACCGAGCAGACCCUGCAUGGUAAUGAAGAGAACCCAAGAAAGUCUUUAGGUGCUUCCUUGAUCCCACCCAUCCCCAAGUUAGAAAAAGCAUGUGAAGAAAACCCUCAGAACUUUGCAGAACCCUUUCCAAGCUUGUCACAGAUAGAAUCUGUUCCACUUGCUGUAGAUGAGUGUCCCAAGACAAGGUCAUUGUCAGAGCCUGGUAAUGGUGGAGACAACAGCCAAAAAACACUGGAAACUGGAAUAUCUGAACCUGCUUUCCAAAAUGGCUUGCCUGUAGCUCUGAAGGUUGCUGGGGGACCACCGGAAUCCUCGCUGCCAUUGGCCACCUCCUCCCUCAUUCUGGCCAAGGAAGGAGGCCUGCUUUUAAACCCUCCCCUGUUAAAAGACGAUGAGUGGAAAGAAAGCAAUGGAAGGAUUCAUGUGACAAUAUCCAAGUCAGCUCAGGAGAAAAUGCGUCAGAAGCAGCUAAAGGAGAUAGAGUUUUUGCGCAAAGAAAAGGAAAAGGAGAAAGAGAGAGAAAAGGAAAGAUCCACAAAAAUCCAGGAACAACGGCCAAGAAAUUCUCUGGAGGGAUCCAGCUGGAUUAACAACAAUGGGGCUAUCCCUGCUACCCUCAACCUGAGCAACCCUUGCAGAUCUUCUGUUGGAAUGGCUUUAAGGAAACGAGUGAACCGGCCCUCUUUGCCCAGCAUCCCUGCUAUCACCCAAGAGAGCAGUUUCCUAAGACAUGCGUCAGCUAAUUCCCUGCCAGCGAAUCUUCAGCACUCUCCAGAAUGGGAAGAGGACAUUGUAAAUAGGGAUGCCUUUGAGAUAAGGCCCUUGUCUCACCCAGAACAUGACUUAGUCGAUGCUCUGAAGUGGCUCAGUAGCAAUGAUUGGCACCUGAAGGAGAAAGGACUCUUCAGCAUCAUAUGCUUGGCUACCUGCCAUUCAGAAGUUCUGCAGGGUAGACUUCAUGAUGUUUCCUUGGCAGCUAUGAAAGAG